GAAGUGGAACCAAGAGAUUUUUCCUUCAAACCCUAGCCUGAAUGGAUCUUCUCAAAGAAGAAAUCCUAAAGAAGCGUCAGAGUCUAACACAAGACACCGGCGGCAAGAGAUUCUUCAAGCGUUCCGAGAUCGAACAGAAACAGAUCCAAAGGCUCCGGGAGCAGGAGAAACGCGAGCUCGAAGCUAAAGCCCAGCGCCAAUCCUCCUCCUCCGCUGCUACCCCCGCAAAAUCAAAUGGAACCGCUGCUAAUACAUCCUCGCCGGCCACCACCGCCUCUUCCACUGCCAAAACAUCCAAUUCCCUCACCGAGGCGCCGAACAUCGACAGCCUGGUGCUCCCCAAACAGGAAGUCAUUCGCCGGCUCAGGUUUCUCAAGCAACCUAUCACUCUAUUUGGAGAAGACGAUGAUUCCCGCCUGGACCGCUUGAAAUAUGUGUUGAAAGCAGGACUCUUCGAAGUUGAUAGCGAUAUGACUGAGGGGCAGACUAAUGACUUCCUGCGUGACAUUGUGGAGUUGAGAAACCGCCAGAAGUCUGGGAUGAUGAGCGAACGAAAGCGGAAGAAUAGAGAAGAAGGUGGAGGAAAGGAUGGCGAGGGAGGAGGGGACGUGGAGCUGAGUGGAGACGGAGGUUCGAGUGACAUUGAUGCAGAUAAGGAUUUGAAGCGGAUGAAGGCAAAUUUUGAGGAGCUGUGUGAUGAGGAUAAGAUUUUGGUGUUUUUCAAGAGGCUGUUGAAUGAGUGGAAGCAGGAAUUGGAUGAGAUGCAAGACUCUGAUAAGCGGACUGCCAAAGGGAAGUCCAUGGUGGCCACUUUUAAGCAAUGUGCCCGUUAUUUGAAUCCAUUGUUUAAGUUUUGCAGGAAGAAGGUCCUUCCCGAUGAUAUUCGUCAUGCACUGAUGUUAAUGGUUGACUGCUGUAUGAGGCGAGAUUAUCUAGCUGCAAUGGACCAUUACAUUAGGAUGGCCAUUGGUAAUGCGCCCUGGCCUAUUGGUGUGACUAUGGUUGGUAUUCAUGAACGUUCAGCCCGCGAGAAGAUCCAUACCAGCAGUGUUGCCCACAUUAUGAAUGAUGAAACAACUCGCAAAUACUUGCAGUCUGUCAAGCGAUUAAUGACCUUUUGCCAACGGCGCUACCCAACUAUGCCAUCAAAAGCUGUUGAGUUCAAUAGCUUGGCAAAUGGAAGUGAUUUGCAUUCGUUGCUAGCAGAAGAGGGUAUUUCUGGUGGGAAUCAUAACCCCUCAGAGGAAAGGCUUCGACUAAUGCCUGCUCCAAACGACGAGGGUUAGGUAGCAAUUGUAUUUGACCAGCAAUGGUGGUUUCUCAUAAUGCUUGACCAUUGUAUGCUUCUAGAUUUGCAUAGCAGAAUUAGUUCCUUUCUUUUGUAUAAAGCCAAAAUGAAGGCACCUGCCACCUACUGUAAUGACUAUUAUCUGUGUUUGUUGGAAGCGGCUAACUUUGUUGAUGUCCUUUUUCCCAUGCACUUUAUAAGAUUAAUAAAUCGAUGAGAGUGGAAAUCUAUCUUGGUUA